AUGAUGUUUGCGUUAUUAAUAUUGGCAAGACCUGCAAUUGCAGCGACAUUAGCAAACCGCUCCAAGGAUUACGAGUGGCUUCUAGACAAGGGAACGCAAGGAAGAUUCGAUUUAUCGAAUGCUGUCAUUGUAUUCCCAGGAGGUUCAAAAGAGACUUUAGCAAAACGGGAUGACUGGAAAUUCGAUCAGUCAAUCAACAUACUAGGGCUACAAGUGGGUGUGCAAGCGAAAUGCGACACUACCUGUAAAAAUGUGGUGAUAGGAUCAUCGUUGUUAUAUCUAGCAUACAACGCUUUUGAGACAUGGCUAGGUAGCGGUACCGGCUCUGCAUCAAGGACUGACUCAGAAAACAAACGGAAAAGGACAACAUGGUACAUGUAUUACACUAUGCAAGUAGCCAACGAAUACGACAAUCAAUGGCCCAGCACCACAGACGUACAAGGUGUGUUUUGGGAAAUGAUGGUAUUUCAAGAUAAGAAUAAUCUCAAAAAUUAUGCUGUGUCAGCAGUACAAGGGCAAACACAUGGUUUAGGAUUUGAUACGGGUAGAGUAGUAGUAGACACUUCGUUCUGCCUUUGGCCCAGCGGUGGGAGCUGCGAUACCCCAGGUUACCCCUGGUCUAUAGGUUCAGACUUGUACAUCGAUACCAACAGCGAUGACGGAAAACAACGAAUAUGCUACGGCGAUCCAUACUUUGAUAAAGAUAAUGGGGAACUCGCUUGUGACGGUGUCAAUUAUUAA